CUCAGCAGCAUGGAGAGUCUGGAGAAGCAGCUGAUCUGUCCCAUCUGUCUGGAGGUCUUCACCAAGCCGGUGGUGAUCCUGCCCUGCCAGCACAACCUCUGCAGGAAGUGUGCCAACGACGUCUUCCAGGCAGCCAAUCCCUACCUGGUGACCAGAGGCACCACGGUGACGUCAGGUGGUCGUUUCCGCUGCCCGUCCUGCCGCCAUGAGGUCGUUCUGGAUCGACACGGCGUUUACGGUCUGCAGAGGAACCUGCUGGUGGAGAACAUCAUCGACAUGUACAAGCAGGGUUCCACCAGCAGUAAACCGGCUCCGGAGGUGAAGGUGGAGCCGAUGUGUGACGAGCACGAAGGCGAGAAGAUCAACAUCUACUGCGUCACCUGCAGCGUUCCCACCUGUUCGCUCUGUAAAGUGUUUGGAGCGCACAAGGACUGCGAGGUCGCCCCGCUGGAGAGCGUCUUCAGCAAGCAGAAGGCGGAGCUGACGGACUGCAUCUCGAUGUUGGUCGGAAACAACGAACGAAUCCAGGCGAUCAUCAGUCAGCUGGAGGAGACCUGCAGAGCCGUGGACGAGAACGGGCGCAGACAGAAGUCGAACGUGUGCGAGCGGUUCGAUUACCUGUUCGCGCUGCUGGAGGAGCGUAAAGGUGAACUGACGCUGCGGAUCAACGCGGAGCAGCAGGAGAAGCUGGACUACAUCCAGGGUCUGAGCCGCAGGUACAGCCAGCACCUGGAGGACGCCGCCAAGCUGCUGGAGACCGCCAUCCAAACCAUGGACGAGUCCGAGAUGGCCGUGUUCCUGCAGACGGCCAAACCGCUGCUGCAGAAGUUAGCCGAGGGAACCGACACGUCUCGUCUGGAGAAGAUUCAGCCGGGUUACGAGAACAUGGAACACUUCACAGCCAACUUUGAGCCGCAGCGGAAAGCGCUGAGCAGCGUCGACUUCAUCAAACCUGAUGAAGACGAUGAUGAUGAGGAGGAUGAAGAUGCUGAGGUCAGAGGAGUGACAGCAGGAGGAGCAGCAGCACUUCCAGCCAGUCAGCAGCCUCCUCCUCCUCCCCCCACCCCCCCCACGCAGACGAAGAGCCCCACCCCUCCCCACACCUCCACCUCCACCUCCACACUGGCCCCGCCCCCUCUGCCCCUCCCUACCGCCAGCCCCUCCCCUCAGUCUGACCAGCAGAACGACUCGGAGGACAAAGAUGGACCCAAACACGUCUUCUCCUUCAGUUGGCUCAACCAGAAGUGACUUUUUUUUUUUUACAUUCUCACAUUCUUUUCUUUUUUAGUCCAAACUGCAGAUUAUUGUUCUUGUUUUAAAAAGCUAAAAGACUUUUUUCUUCCGUCAGUCUGAAUUUGUCAGAACUGAAAU